UCCCGGCAGUUCUCCGGGUGAUGUCAGUGGGAUCCUGAGCCGGAUCCCGCUCCACCGCUGGGGGAGGCGCGGCGCCCCAGGACCCCCGGGUGGUUCGCUCCCGGCAAACGGGGUCUCCGGCAGCCACACGCGCCGCCCGCGCCGGCCGGCGCCGCGCUCCGCCCUGGAAGCCGCGGGUCCCGGCGCGGCGGUGCGCGGGGGGUGGGAGCGAUCCCGGCUCAGCCUGAUUUACGGCGCUGCUGAAAACCGCUUCGCUCCCGCCGCAGCACCGGCCGCGGUAGCAGCCGCACCGCAGCAACAAGUCGGGACUUUAAGAGUAAUGCAACAGAAGGCUUUUGAGGAAAGCCGAUACCCCUGGCAGGAGUCCUUUGAGAAUGUUGCUGUGUGCCUGCCGUUCCGCUGCCCGAGGUGUGGAGACCAUACCAGAUUUAGAAGCCUGUCGUCGUUGAGGGCCCAUCUGGAAUUCAGUCACAGCUACCAGGAAAGAACCCUCUUGACAAAAUGCAGCCUCUUUCCAUCCCUCAAAGACACAGACCUAGUCACGUCCUCAGAACCCCUGAAACAGGGAAAAUUGCAGAGCAGUGGCAACGUGGUCAAGCAGAAACCGAGCUAUGUUAACUUGUACAGCAUUUCGCACGAACACUCCAAGGACAGGAAGCCAUUCGAGGUGGUGGCAGAGAGGCCCGUGUCGUAUGUGCAGACCUACACGGCAGUGGACCUACGUACAGAGUCCCUGGAUGGGCUGCGGUCAAGUCCUGGACUUCCCACCUCAGACACUAAAGCUUCUUUUGAGGCACAUGUCAGAGAAAAAUUCAAUCGGAUGGUGGAGGCUGUGGACAGGACCAUUGAGAAGAGAAUUGAUAAACUCACCAAAGAGUUGGCCCAGAAAACUGCUGAACUGUUGGAAGUUCGGGCAGCCUUUGUGCAGCUGACUCAGAAAAAGCAGGAAGUUCAGAGACGAGAGCGGGCCCUGAAUAGACAGGUGGACGUGGCUGUGGAGAUGAUUGCCUCGCUGAGGCAGCGCCUGACAGAGUCUGAGGAGGAGCUUCUCAGGAAAGAAGAAGAAGUUGUUACAUUCAACCAUUUCCUGGAAGCAGCAGCUGAGAAGGAGGUUCAGGGGAAAGCUCGGCUCCAAGACUUUAUUGAGAAUCUGUUGCAACGGGUAGAACUGGCCGAAAAGCAGCUAGAAUACUACCAACGCCAGCAGGCCACCAGCCUCUGCCGAGACAUAAGUGAGCAUGUGCUUACAGAUAUCUCCUCAAAUAGGAAACCCAAAUGCCUAAGCCGAGGGCACCCACAUCAUGUAUGUAACCACCCUGAUCUCAAGGCCCAUUUUCAUCCAAAGGGAAGAAGCCACCUUAAGAAGGCCAAGGACGACAGAGCCAGCGCUCAGCCUGCCAAGUCCAUGCACGAGCAGGCCGAGUCCCCGAGGGAACUCUGCAGGCCACCAAAGAAAGGGGACCUUCUGGGGCUCAGCCGCAAAGGCAACAUCAGACCCAAAAUGACCAAAAAAAAGCCAACAGCGAUUGUGAACAUCAUUUAAAAUAGUGGGUGGCUUAGGGCCACAAUCACGAGGCUUUGGGGAGUGUUGUUCUAGGGGCCAACAAUAAUGUCCUUUUGGGUACACCCCACAGUAAGACACAUUGGGAAAGAAAAGGACAAACCAUACCAUAUUUAUUUGGUGUCCAUACAAGCACCUGGAUUCACCAGAAUCUAAUAAACUAGAAUCUUGGAGAAUCAGAAUUUUAUGACAGGCCUAUUUUUAUAAGCAAGAAGCAAAUUACAGAAAGGAUAAAAAAUUGAAAUACCCCAAAAUUUUAGAAAAGCAAAGCUACAACUUCUAGAAUAACUAAGCCCAGUCUCCAAUUAUUUCCGCUUCUGGGGGUCUGUACAGUGGUGACUAAUUCUCAUACCUAAGGCUGCACAAGAUGUCAGGCACUGAAAAAAAUGCAUCUGUGCCCACUGCCCACUAAGGAAUAGAAAGAUUUUUUUAAACCUUCUCUUCAAUUUGAAAGCCUCCAAAAUAAGGAUUCCUGUUCCCCUCAGUAUUCUGGUUAAUCAAGAUUUCAGUGUUUGGGUUGCUUCAGGGACUUGCUCAGUUAGACUUUAGUUCUCAUUUCAACGGACUGUUUCCUGGUUUGGUUUCAGAGUUUUUGUUUCCCUGGAUGAAUGUUUUUUCAGAUUUUGGCACACCUCUGCUCCCUUCUGUGGCUGAGUAUUUUGCAGUCUAAGACCAUGCUGCCAGCCUCUGUCUCACUGGCUGUUUCUAUUGCUGUGGUUGGGCAGGACAUAAAGCCCUGUGGUUGGCACCUGUCACCCGCUCAGGGCCUGGGUGACUGGAAGGCCGGCACAGACUGCAUGUUUGGUGCAUUGUGAGCCAUCCUGGAAACUGCAGAUGCCUUUUCCCGAGAUCUGCUUACCUGGCGGCAUCAGCAGCCUCUGUGUUAGCUGAGGGCAUGACUGUCUCCUUGCUGGCCUAACUCUUACACCUCCUGCUGCUUCUGUGUCCUCUCAUGAUAAAAUAUACAUUCUUACUGUUCAGCCGGGUAUCUGAAGUGUUCAUUGUAUACUACUUUCUAAAGCAGUUUCUGAAGUAAACAGUGCAUGUGGGAUCCAGAAUCAGAGAUUGUCCUCUCCCUCCCCCAAUAGCCUUUGUUUCCACAAAGAAUCAGCUGUUAAGAACAUCCUGCUUUUCUUCAAGAAUGAAUUUCCAUGAUAUAUAUAUUUUUUAAUCUUGGCAAUAUCACCAGGUCUCCCACAGAGUUUACAAGUGCUGACAUUCUUCUGUAAACAAGAAUAAUUGUGUCCACAAAUAUAUACAUAUACAUAUACAUAUAUAUAUAUAAAACUCAUAAAAUAUAUGUUAAGUAUUAAUAAUUUAUUUUUAAAUACUCAUGAAAAAGUAUGUGUUUGUGAUGGGUGGUUUUUAAACUAUAUAUGCUAGUUCAUGUCAAUUGAAUUCUUUUCUAUAAAAAAUUAAAACUGUAACCUAAUUAACAUUAGUAGAAUUUUGAUUGCUAUCGCAAUAAGCAGUGAAUUAAAAAUAGGUAAUAAAGCCAUUACUUAAAAUGCCAGUAAAUUGAAAAGUGUAACUUAUCAUUAUACAAAUAUUUUGAACCUAUCAUAGUGAAAAUGUUGAUUUUUGAAUCUUCAUUUUGAUUUUUGGCCCAUGUGGGUCACCAUUCAUUUGGUGUACAAAACAGUGGUGGGAAAAACACAUUGCUGUAAAUAUUGCUGUUUAGGCUAAUAUUGUAAAAAUUGUAAUGUUAUAAUUAUUAUUUAUUUGGGGAAUUAACCUCCUCCAAAGUUAUUUAUUAUUGAUGUUUAUACCACAAAUGCACUUUAGCCUUUUACAUACUAAAAAAUUGACUUGUUGUAUUGCAUGCUCUUGUCUUGUAAUGUGUGUGUGCAAUGACAGCAACUUGUUUUUAAAGGUGGGAUAGCCAGAUUUUUCCAUUUUAGUUAAUGUAAUCUACAUUUUCAGUUUUCAUUUAAUAUACCUAGAGGGUAUAACGGCUCUCUGACAGUGGUACCCAGUGAUCUUCAGAAAAUACCACAAUGUCAUAUCUACUCUGUACAUUACACAAGACAAAUGACUUCAAGAUUUUAUUACAUUAAAAGAUGUUUUAGUUCCUAGCAAAUUCUGACCCUCUUACAAGGAAAUGCAUUACAUAUGUUGUGCUUCAUUUUAGACAUAAAUUUACUGUUGAAACAUGGGAGCAGGGUCUUUCUGAGUGAUGUCCUACUUAUGUGCCAUGGCCUGAGCCAUGUGACCCAUUUGGGUCUUCUUUUUAAGUAUUUUCUCCAGGCACAUGAGCAGUCAAACCUUAGAGCUGCUGUUUUUAAAGAAAUGACCAAAGUUUCUUGGAAAACAUGUUCAAGGUUAAACUGAAGAAUGGAUCUAGUAUUAUUAUUUGUUUCAUAAGGAAGAAAUCUUUAUUUGAAUUGUUGAUUACUUCUUUCUUCCCAAACUAGGUUACAGAUUCUUAAUCACAAAGUUCAGAUUGCUGUUUUCCAGUAUUCUGCAGAGUCAGUCAUUUGUGUGGAAGUUGCAAUAUUCUGUUCCCAGAAUUUAAAAAAAUUUUUAGAUUAUGAAAUACUGUAACAAUAAAGCUAUAUUUCUGA